AUGAAUUUACCCACACUCUUCCAACAUUUUGGAGCACGUAUAUUCAAGCCGACCCCAGGUACAUUGAGGCUCAUGACAUGUUCGAGGAUUUUGCAAUCGAGUUACAGCUCAGCCCUGAGACAGGUUCAUAGCACCGCAAAGAAAGAUCAUACAACGCUGCUUAACAGUGACAAAUUGGCAACGUUCAACGUUUUGAGUCUCAAAGCAUUGAAAAACGAAUGCAGAACUCGGGGUCUUAAGAUUUCAGGGAGAAAAGGCGAGCUUGUUGAUCGGAUUUUGGCAUUCGAAAAUUCUGGGUCAGUUUCUGGUACGUUUCCGGCGGUAAGUGCACGUAAGCUACACAGCUUACCGACACUUAAAAACAAGGGAAGUUCAAAACAUGUGGACGACGUCAAGCUUCCAGAUGUUGCCGCUACUGAAGACUCUUUGGAGUCUCUUGACAAGGAGUACAUAGUUCACAUCACACCCCUUUCAGAAAGUGCAGAUAAAAAACCUGUCACACUGCUAGAAAAAGAACUUCUCUCUCAACAAAGCGAUUCGACCAGUUCACCACAAGUCUCGACCACAGACCACGAAAAGGUGAUAUUUCAUGCCGAUACGCUUGCAGAGAAUUACGAAAUUGUCAAUGAGGACGCUGAAGCUGCUACAGAAACAGAUAGCUACGAAAAUAGCGAUCCAUCAGCAAGAAGUUCUCAAUUGAAUACUAAAGACAAGACUUUCUUUCUCAGUUUCGCGGCAGUCGUGGCGGGUUGGUGGUCGCUCAAAUACUGGAGCAACUCUGAUGAACGUAAGGAUUGA